AUGCUUUUCCUCCCAGCUGCUGCUCUGUGCUGUCUGUGCUCAGCGCUGGCUGCCAUGGCAACACAGCUGCUUCAGGAGGAUUUAACAUGGACCAGGAGAGUUGGUGAAAGAGUCUCCUUCAGCUGUCAAGGCACUGAACAGUGUGUUAGUUAUGUAUACUGGUACCAGAAGAGAGACACAGAAACAUUCACACUGAUUCUUUUUAUCAGGGAUGAUGGUAGAAUAGUUAAAGGUUUCAAUCAUCCUCAGGAAGAUGAUUUCUCAGCUGUGAAUAAACAGAACGGCUGUGAGUUGCAGAUCCAGAGCGUUAAACUAAAUCAUUCAGCCACCUACUACUGCUCCUGUCACAAAACAUACUACUGGAUCUUUGGCUCUGGAACUAAACUGUUUGUAGGUAAGAAUAAAGUAGUGAAGCCCGUGGUGAGCGUGUACCCAGCAGCACCCAGAGCCCACCUGGAGGGGAAGAGCUCCCUGCUGUGUCUGGCCUCAGCCAUGUUUCCUCCUCUGGUCCGCUUCUCCUGGAAAAGACGAAAGGAGAACGGUCCUCUGGAGGAGCUGCCCCCUGCUGAGGGAGAGCAGCUGGAGCUCAGAGAGUCGGGACGCACCGCCGCCAUCUUGCUGCUCCGUCAGCAAGAGAGCAGCACGUAUAAAUACCGCUGCUACGUCCAGCACGAGGGGGGCCAAGUGGAGGCCCCAACAGAACAAGAGGUUCCAUCUCCAGCAGCCUCCUGUCCUCCAGAGAGAGAGCCAGCAGACCUGCUAGCUCUGCAGCAAGCUGACUGGUCCUUCCAGUCUCAGUGCAGGGUGAAGCUGCUCUGCCUGCUGUACACAGUGCUGAUAGUGAAGAGUCUGGUGUUCUGCUGUGGAAUCGUUCUGCUGAUGAUCAUCAGAAACAAGGGACCGUCCACCAACUGCACACAUGCUGACUGACUGUUUUCUGCCUUUUCUCACCAUCAAAUCUUAUCAAUUCAUCUCAUUCAUCACGCUGAUCAGUAUUCACAAAUAUCAAUGAUGACGUGUUUUGGUUGUUCUGUUAAAGGAAGAUACAGUCAUCCUAA